AUGGGCGGGAUUACAGAGCCCACUUUCACAGGUUACAUGUGCGUGACCAGCGGAAAGGCAGCGACAGGCGUCCUCUUGCUCACCAACGAUCACGCCCCAUCUUCACCCACGCAGUGCAUCGACACACGACGCCUUGUUGCUCUUCGAGGCAGUGCGCCAAAAGAAGAUGUCGAAGAUCCCCCGCAGGCUACGCGAUGACGAACGUAAGCUGAUCCGAAGUGGAUCAGUGUUUGUGUUCGACGAGCGUGAGAGCGGCAUCAAGCGCUGGACUGACGGGCUUUUGUGGAGCCCAAGUCGCAUACUGAUGAACUUCCUGGUACGUCACUUUACGUGGUCCAUCAGCUUGGCUCUCAGCAUCCGCUCAUAGCUUGCCUUCGAUGUCGCAGGUCUACCGUCAGAUAGACAAAAAGCAGCACCAGCUCAAGGGUUCUUCCGACCCUUCGUCGCGGGAAGAUGACAGCUAUGAAUCGAUGGGCGACGAGUCCAUUGGUACAGGCCUUCCUGUGCCUGCUACAACAGAAGAGCUCCAUCCCUUCGAGCUAGGGGUGCCUAUGGCUGAUUUCCCGGGCACUGAUGUCGUCAAUGAUUUGCUCGGUUUGCCCUCGGCAGACCCACCAUACAACCCCAAUGCCGAAGCGAUGUCCAGACUAAAAUCCGAGGGCAGCGUGUUGGACACCGCUGCGACUUGGAACUCUGCAGCGAGCGAUCCCUCAGCUUUCAUGGACUUCGGCACCUCGACGAUUAGCUUUGCUGGCGCUGGUACGGCUGCCAGCGGCUCGCUGACAGACGCAGACACCUCUGCUUCACAGAGCUCUGGUCACGUUGGCCGCCCCAAGUCAGCGCCUCACUCUGCAAGUGCAUACGAUCAGGCAAGCUUAGCCAAAAGGGAAGCCGACUUUGAGCGGAGCUUGGUCGGCAGUCUCACAAACAGCUACCCGUUUGCCAAGAAUGGUCUUUGCAAAAAGGUUCGUCACAAUUGGCUAUACAGAAACGCCUAUAACACUCCGCAACGCUCAUCCUUGAAACCUUGCUCUUGAUCUAGACCAUUUCCAUGCAGGUUGAGGGCUCCACGCAGCACCUCAUCUCGUACUACAGCGUUGAGGACGUACGAGCAGGCCGUCUGCGCACACCCUCGACGUUGCCGGAGAUCAGUGCGAUUCAAAUCUCGCCCGUGUUCCUGAGCAAGAGCUCUUUCAGAUUUCCUCCUAAAGUCUUCUAUGACCCCGAUGGUCAGCUGCGGUAUUGUCGAGAUACGAAUGUGGAAGAUGAGGGUGCAUACAGUCUCGACCUCGGUUCGAGUGGAGAGGGUACCUCGGGCAGCGACAGUCGAAGCCGCCGUGAAAGCCAUGAAGCCAACACUUUUGGUCUCGGUCCUCGCCACGCGCCAGGAUAUGGACGCACUGUGCCGCCGUUGCGGACAGCCGGCAACAUGAGCGCUAGCGGCUGGGACGCCUGGACCAGUUCGAAUCCAGCAUCUCCAGAAAUCUCACUGCCAGCAGGUGUCAGUGACAAUCGGCCUUUCAAUCCCGGCAUGCCGCGCCGCGCCUCAGACGCUUUGACGAGAUCUCGAUUGGGCAGCGGCAGAUUUGAGCCUUACCCUGGAGCUACAGCGCAUCCGAUGGCUGGAUCCGGAUCUCCACCUUUGCUUCCACACUCUGGCUAUGCUGGCGGUCCUCACAUCAGCCCAGUCCAGAGUCCUCAGAUGGGACGACAUCGAGCGGACUCAGAACGGCGACAGAGGAUUGGACCGCGAUUGCAUUCGUCGCAGUCGAUGUGGAAUCUCUCGGAAUUCGCGUCGGCUUCUCAAACCCACCCAAGGUUUGAAGCUUACGGUCGCCUGCAACCCGCAAGUGAGUUCGCGCUCGGCGAAAGCGCUCAGGGAUUGCUUCCAACGCAGUCAGGCAGCAGCACCCUGCCUUCGCGUCAAGGUGCGUGGUCACCUACUCCCCAAGCAUACGGAAACAACGUUGCAGGUGGUCCGAGCGUCCGAGAGCCGUCAUCGUGGUCCGACAGGCCGAUCGCAAGAGCGGGACCUUCCUUGGGCUCGCCCGAUAACAAUAUGGCUCGACACUUCCUCUCCAGCACUCCUUCGGCGCACUCGGGCUUUGCAUGGCAUGAUCGCAUACCACCGCUGGGAACUACAUUCUCGGCCGAUACCAGUGGGACUCAACGUGGAUUGUCAAGCCCUUUUCAGCAAGUCCUGCCGCCAUCAAUCUACACCCCAGCAACCAGUCCAGCACUAGGCUCGUCACAUUACGAUGGAACUGCGUGGAGCGGCUCCUAUGACCGCGAGCCGCAGCAAUUCCAAUCCAUGGCUUACAGGACAAACGUGCAGCGGCCAGACUCGAGCGGUUCCAACAUGUCCAACCAUGCUGCUCUUGGUACAUCACCGCAGUACGGCAACAUGGGGGUGCAGAGAGGUAGAAACCAGACGCAGAGCCGACCUGGGACGGGCAAUUCAGAGCUCGGUACCGUCUACCUGUCGAAACCAUCAAGCGAGUCACACCGAUCGCCUCGCUGA